CGUACCGAGACACAUUGGAGCUGGAAUACAGUCAUUUAGAACUCGAUUAUGUCUAGAUUUCUACUUAAUUUAUCAAAGACAAGGUUAUUUAUUUUCCAGCGUGAGGUCUACAGUUAUAUUUAUUCAUGCUGUCACGGUAGCAUUUCGUCUUAGACAGAUAGAUAGACAGAUAGCCUCAUAAACCUAUUUAUUAUUGCACUGCCAACCCUUGUUCCUUUCCUGUGUCAAUGAUUGUCCUACCCUCACUCUCAUGGCGGAGACUAAAAUAAUAUAUCACAUUGACGAGGAGGAGACUCCUUAUCUAGUGAAAUUAUCCGUUUCUCCUGAGAAAGUCACUUUAGCGGAUUUUAAAAAUGUCCUUAACAAUCGUCCGGUCAAUAGCUACAAAUUCUUUUUCAAAUCCAUGGACCAGGAUUUUGGGGUUGUCAAAGAGGAGAUUUCCGAUGACAACGCCAAGUUGCCCUGCUUCAACGGGAGAGUGGUGUCCUGGCUGGUCCUGGCAGAGAGCUCCCACUCUGAUGGGGGGUCCCAGUGUACAGAGAGCCACCCAGAGCUGCCACCCCCCCUGGAG